AUGGGCGGGAAACGCACCAAAGGUAAUACCAAGCCUUCAAGCAGUGGCCGCAGUGCGGAACUGCUCGGUACAUCCGUACCGACGCUGUUCGGGUUUGCGGCACUGGACAGCACGAGCAUGCCGGUUGUGCCCGGGUUCGUACAGAUCGACGCAAACCAUGGCGUCGACGAGAUGGAUCCUAACCUGGACGAUACGCUGCAAAUAGUGUUGCGCAAGAUGCUGAAGAAAGAUCCUACCACCAAAAAGAAAGCCUUGCUCGAGUUUUCCGAGCUGAUGAACAGUGUCGAGCUGGAGGUGGUGAAGGCGGUGCUCCCCUUUUGGCCCCGUCUGUUCGCCAAUCUGUCGACCGAUGCGGAGCACCCAGUGCGUGAGGCGAGCCAGAAAGCGCAGGCCGCCAUAGUGACGCGAGCCGGUAAAGAAAUUGCACCGUUCCUGAAACAGCUCGCUCCAGCCUGGAUUUCGUCACAGUACGACACGUACGGACCGGCCGCAAGCGUAGCCCUGAAUUCGUUCAAUAGCGCUUUUCCACCGGGCAAGGUGAACGAUGUGUUUGUGUUUUGUGAGAAUGAAAUCCUGGAGUACUACACGAGAAAUUUAACCGUCCAUACGGCCAUCACGUUAAGCAAUCCGAAGUCACACACGCCAGAAGAGUGUGAGAAUAAAUAUCAACGAGUGCUCAUAUCCAGCUUGAGGGGCUAUGCCCUCUAUCUGAGUAAAAUUCCGACGGAGAAUCUAAAAAAAUCGGCCGACAAAAAUGGAACAUUGCUCGAAAGUCCGAAAUUCUGGACGUACCACAAGCAUAAGACGGCUGCCAUUCGAUCCGCCUGGUUUGAGGUAAUUUCUGCACUGUUGCAGCACGCAACGUUCUUGGUGGAACAGCACCAAGCACAGAUUACGACGAGUGUGUUCCAGUUCAUAGACGAGACGGAUCCAACGGUUGUGACGCAUGUGUGGAGCUCGAUCGUGCUGAUCCAGGCCAAUCUAGACGGUUGGCAUAACCAUCUAAACUUCGAUAAGGCCGUUUUUCCGAAGCUUUGGAAGCUACUCAAAACUGGUGGUGGUGGUAAUGCUGCAUGCGUGUAUCCACACAUGCUCCCACUCGUGUCGGGAUUUACGCGCGAAGUGCUCGGCGAGGAACGGUUAGCAAAGUUUUACAACCUCUUCUUUGAGAACAUGAACGAAGGGUUGAAAGCGGUACAGUCGAGCCGAGCUGAUGUUUCUGCCGUAUCCCAGGCGUACUAUGAAGCGUUCCAGUACGUGGUGCUGCAAACAUUGCGCGAUGAAACGAUGCCGGAACCGGCCCGGGAAGAGUUCUGUUUGAACAUGCUCGAGCAACAUUUGAUCGGUGUGAUUGCGUGGUGCAUUACGAACGAAGCCGCUCAAGGGAAGUAUGUGUUUCAGAGCAUGGCCAACCUGCUCGAUCACUUGUGCCAGAACAGUGCCACCCAUCAGCUGUACGUGCGUUUGCUCGUGACGUUCUGGGAGCGUUUGUACGGCGUCGUGAAGGAAAGUGUCGAUUGCAAGGACAGUGCGGCAAGCAUAACCGAUUCACACAUCGAGCUGGUGCAGAACUUACGGCGAACUUCGCACAAGCGGGUAAAAUUUGCGGUUGAAAAUCCGACAGUGGAUGCCGUGGAUGGUGGAACCUGUCCAUUGACUACCGGUGAUCAUGCGAAUCGGUUCGAAAAUCAGUUGCAGCUGCUGGUUUAUCGAAUCUGCCAGCUGUACAUCGCGAAAAUCAGUGUCGAUCGUGACGAGGGAUACAUACUGCAGUUGGAGUAUCUGGUACGCGCGUUCCAGUGCCGGGAGUUGUUCGUGUUUUUGGCACACGACAGCCCAAACAUCAAGUGUCUGUUCGAUACGUUUGCCCGAUGGUUACAGGACGAAAAGCUCCAGUCGGAAUACGUCGUCGAGUUGAUCAUGAUCCUAUACAAAUAUCUAAACGCCGAGGAACGAUUGGCGCUGCUCAAUAAAUGGAUAAAGAUGUCGAACAAACCCGUUCAGAGCUGGAUCAUCCUACGUGCGCUCAGUCAUCCACUGUGCCAGGAACCGAACAUAAAGUUGUUCCUUUCCCAGCCAGAAGUGUCGAGUAACAUAAUCGAAUGUGCUGUCGGUGUCGCAAACGGCAACACGAAAGACAACAUGAUACUCUUGCAAAAGUGCUUUUUCGUCGCCAGCAACGGUGAAAUAUUGAUCGAUGCUGAAACGUGUAAGAAUAUCAUCGUUACCGUUACGGCGCCAUUACGGGACGCAACAAAGAAUGAAUUACACGAUGGAUGUAUAAGUUUCCUCGCACAAAUUAUGCCCGUCAUUUGUAGCGAUACCAGGUUGACGGAAUUGCAUCGAACGUUGUUCUGUACGCUGUUCGAUUUUAGCGUCCACAAUGUGGUAAGCGAUCAUCUUUCGGAGGAUACAUUGUGGGAGGCGACAACGGCCUGGCAGGAUGCACUGUCCGGUGAAGAUAUAGAGCUAGACGACACUCUCAUCGCACUGUGCAUGGAUACGAUCGACGAUCGUUUGUGUGCACUUGCCGGUGAGGUGCAGGACGACAUAUUGAUGCUGCUGGAGAAGGUAGCAGAAAUUACCGCCAAAUUGAUUGCUUGUGCCACCGAAACCAGCAAACACGACAAACCCAAACGUUGCCAACAGAUUAAUUUUAUGUUGAAGCAACUGUUCGAAAAACGAGUAUCCGAGGUAAGCGGGCAAACGGAAGAGGUAGCACUGUUGGCGGAAUACAUCGAGUUGCUCCAGGGACGACUUAUUACAAAGCAAUCGAAACUAAACACAUCACCCGCUCUGUCCAAGGAACAAUUUGUUAACGGAAUGAAGAACUCGCUAAUACGGGCACUUUGCUCCGUUAGUAUCGUUUUGAAGCUGUCCUGUAAAGCGACACUUAAACCAUCGCCAAUGAAAAGCGAAGGAAGUGAAAGUAUGGACGUUGAUCAACCACCGGCCGGUGGUGAACGCCACGAUAUGGAAGUGUGCGACAAUUAUGACGAUGAAAAUGAAGAACUGUGGAUUCUACACACGUGGUCGGAAUUGAUCUACGAGAAGGUACUGUCUGUGAUAUAUUUGGCCUCCGUUGGGGAUACGGUACUGUACAAUACGGAACAGCUUGAGUCGGUUGUGGAAUGUUUGGUACUCGCAGUUCAAGAGAAGCUAUCACUUCUGUUAAGAAAUGUAGCACGUGAUAUCGUACAGGAGAUUAAGCAGAAGCUGUUUGCCUUAGCGAACGAACACGGUAUGCUGUGGGCAAAGUGUCUGAUUGCGCUACUUGUGAUCGAUCAGUACGCGGAUGAGGAAAAUGGACCCGUUCUCUUAUACGAGGACGCUUCAACAGUAGCUAAUAAUAGUGAGGAACUUGUGGCGUAUAUAAAUAUCGUGCAGUGUUUAAGCGCCAAAAUGAAACCCAAAUGUCUUCCGAUCGGUCCGAAUCUGUUCGAAAACUAUUUCGACCUAAUGGUUAAGCUUUCGUCCGCACGCUGCUUGAUAGAGAACCAUUUCUCCACCAACUACAACGAAAUAAACGAUAGGAAAAUCAUAGGCAACUGCUUGAUUGUACUGCAUGAGCUCAUCUCAAGACAAGCGACCAACAAAAUGUUGCUGUAUAAUUGUGAUCUUGCACAAGCCGAAGUAAACAAAAUCUUCCUCGACGUGGAGGUGGCUAACGUGCUAACGGUGGUGUUGCGUCAUUUUCCCUCCGAGUUGGAUAUCUCCAAGUGGGAUUUCAUCCGCAUUGCGCUUAGCUCAUGGACGCUUUCCGUUUCGAAAAGCUUUCCCCACUACCGUACUCAUAAUAUAUCGCUCUUCAUUGCCGCUCUGUUUAGAUUGUUUAGUGGGUUGAUGCAGUUCCUUGCCAGAGAGAGAAAACGAAGCUCUUCGGAACUGUUAACAAAUGUGAUCGAGGAAUGGGACAAUGUGUUCGCGAAGGAUGUUAAUCUGGUACUGCUAAAGGCUUUUAUUGGAAUUGUUAAUGCCUUAGAUUGCGAACGGAAGUCUGAUCAAUACUUUAUUGAAAGCAUAUGCUCAUAUAUAGAGGCGGUUGAUGUUAACUACGUAUUUAAGGCAAAUAAAGUGGAUUCAAAAACGUCCUUAGACGAUUUGAUCACAUUCUGCUUGACGAACAUUCGUCACUGGAAUAAACGCGUCCGGUACGCGGCAACCGCAAUACUGAAAUCCCUAUCGGUUGGGCUAGUUCAACGCGAUCAAGAGCAGCUGCUUAAACGAUCUGAAGUCUCGGAUCACCAUCAGCAGAGCGGUGAAGAACCGGAUGAUAACUGGCAUCUUUUGAUGCGAUUCAAACUCCAGCUGGAUGAGUACCACAACUUGUUGGCCGAAUUCGUAACCGAUUUUACCUACAAACCAACGGACACGGAAGCUACACUGAGCCAAGCUGAGAGUGAAAAGCAGCAAGAAUUGAAAUCUCACUGCUUGUCGUAUCUGUUGCUCUGGGACUGUAUUCUCGGUAUCUGUGCCAAAGCCCCAUCCGAGUUGCGGUCAAUUUACACUUCGUGGAUUUCGCGCAACGAAUUCGAAGAACUUCUUUUACCGGUACUGUUUAAACUGAUGCCAAAAGAAAUACUGCGCAAUCCGGAUUCCUGUGCCGUGUAUGGUCAGGCGAUGUUUUCUAGUUUGGAUUGGAAUCAGAUUAAAAAUCCGAGCACAAAGCUGGAGCGUUACGCUUGUCAUCUUUACGCCCAAACCCUCCGUCACCUGCCCGUGAUCUUGCGCCGGUGGUUCAACGGACUAAACCAUCGUUACUCAUCAAUCGUGAGCAAAAUAACGGCCAACUCGGUAUCGGGCUUGCUGUGUCAGGAAGAAUUCCAAACACUAAUCGAUCGUAAGGACCGACAGGACAAUAUGCAGAUCAAAGUACAUUCGGCUUUGCGGCAGGUGAUGGCAGUGUACUCGAUAGACGAAGCAAAGAUCGAGCUGCAAAUUACUCUACCGAUCAACUUUCCGCUCGGUGCCGUUACGGUGGAGGGGGGCCAUCAAAUCGGAGGCCGUCUGCAGAACCGCCAGGUCAUGCAACUAUCCAUCUUUCUGACUCAUCAGAACGGAUCCAUCAACGAUGGACUAUCGCUGUGGAAACGAAAUUUGGAUCGCAAAUUUGAAGGUGUAGAGGAGUGCUAUGUGUGCUAUAGCGUUAUCCAUCAAGACACUUGCCAGCUGCCAAAGUUGUCCUGCAAGACCUGCAAGAAGAAGUUCCACGGGCCUUGCUUGUACCGGUGGUUCAGCACGAGCAACAAAUCAACGUGCCCCAUUUGCCGACAUAUUUUCUAA